AUGGAUGCUGAAAUUGAGGCUGAAUUAAAGAAGAUGCAGGCUGAAAUGGAUGAAAUGAACAAAAAAGCCCAAAAUCUCAAGAAAAAAGACGACACACCAGAAAUCCAACUUGUUGAUGGUGAAAGAUUAUUCGUUCAGGCUCCAAAUGAGAAAGAAAAGCGUACAGGACGUGUUGUUACAUAUAAUACAAGAGUUGUUGAUUAUCCAUUACCUCCAGGCUGGGAAAAAACUGAUAAACCAAUCCCAACAACGCUCACAACAAUUCAAUUGGACGGCACAGGAACUGUUUGCACAGCAAACUUUCAGAAACGCGAAUAA